AGGUGCGAUUGACGCGGGGCGGGGGCCAAUGACGGGCGAGCUCGGGAGGGCCUCCCUCCAAUGGGCUGUGCUGCCUGGCGCGGGGGGCGGGCACCGGGGUCGAGGGUAGCUUGAGCGCGGCGGCGGCGUUGUUCAGUCAGAGCGAGAACAUUCCAGAGGUCGCCAGGCCCCGGGCGCUGAAGGGUGUGGACCCCGGACGUCGCUGGGACAGCCCCUCCCCGCUGCUCGGCGGCGCCUGCCCGGCCGCUGCUCGCUGCGCUUCUCCGCCGCCCCUCCUCGGACUCGGGUUCGCACGCGCCUCACUUCAUCCCAGUCCCGGGCGAGCAGCGUUGGGUUUAUGUCUUUAUUUGACGAAAACGAGCUGUUGCGCAGCCAUUGGUACCUGUAUUGGGGAAACAUAGCGUACAAGCAAGGAGCUUACAGCCUCAGUGGCGAAAACUUUUUCAUGUCAGAGACCGAGAACUCUUGCAGUCGUUUAUGUCAUCCCUUCUUCUCCAGACAGAAGAUACCAAAAAGUUGCAAUCAAAGAGCUCUUCAUCUUAUUGAUAAAGCCACUAAUAAGCCAAAAUGUCUGUCAACGUCAACCGCAGCGUGUCAGACCAGUUCUAUCGCUACAAGAUGCCCCGUCUGAUUGCCAAGGUUGAGGGCAAAGGAAAUGGAAUCAAGACAGUUAUAGUCAACAUGGUUGACGUUGCAAAGGCGCUUAAUCGGCCUCCAACGUAUCCCACCAAAUAUUUUGGUUGUGAGCUGGGAGCACAGACCCAGUUUGAUGUUAAGAAUGACCGUUACAUUGUCAAUGGAUCUCAUGAGGCGAAUAAGCUGCAAGACAUGUUGGAUGGUUUCAUCAAGAAAUUCGUUCUCUGUCCUGAGUGUGAGAACCCUGAAACGGAGCUGCAUGUCAAUCCAAAGAAGCAAACGAUAGGUAAUUCUUGUAAAGCCUGUGGUUACCGGGGCAUGCUCGACACACACCAUAAACUCUGCACAUUCAUUCUCAAAAACCCGCCGGAGAAUAGUGAUAGUGCUGCAGGAAAGAAGGAAAAGGAAAAGAAAAAUAGGAAAGGCAAAGACAAGGAAAACGGCUCCGUGUCCACCAGUGAGACGCCGCCACCGCCGCCGCCACCGAGUGAGAUGAGUCCCCCUCCACACGCUGAUGAGGAAGAAGAGGAUGAUGACUGGGGGGAGGACACAACUGAGGAAGCGCAGAGACGCAGGAUGGAUGAAAUCAGUGACCACGCAAAAGUUCUGACACUCAGUGAUGAUUUGGAAAGGACUAUUGAAGAGCGGGUCAACAUCCUGUUUGAUUUUGUCAAGAAAAAGAAAGAAGAGGGCAUUAUUGACUCCUGUGACAAAGAAAUUGUUGCUGAAGCAGAAAGACUAGAUGUGAAAGCUAUGGGCCCUCUUGUUUUGACAGAAGUUCUUUUUAAUGAGAAGAUUAGAGAACAGAUUAAGAAAUACAGGCGCCAUUUCCUACGAUUUUGUCACAACAACAAAAAAGCUCAGCGGUACCUGCUUCAUGGUCUGGAGUGUGUGGUGGCGAUGCACCAAGCUCAGCUCGUCUCCAAGAUCCCACAUAUCUUAAAGGAGAUGUACGACGCGGACCUGUUGGAGGAGGAGGUCAUCAUCAGCUGGUCGGAGAAGGCCUCAAAGAAAUAUGUCUCAAAAGAACUUGCCAAAGAGAUUCGUGUCAAAGCAGAACCAUUUAUAAAGUGGUUGAAGGAAGCAGAGGAGGAAUCCUCUGGUGGUGAAGAAGAAGAUGAAGAUGAGAACAUUGAGGUGGUGUAUUCGAAGACUGCCAAUGUGCCGAAAGUUGAAGCUGUGAAGUCUGAUAACAAGGACGAUGACAUUGAUAUUGAUGCCAUUUAAGGGGUGGGUGUAGCCCAGCUUAACUGUAAUGCUGAGAAUCUUUCUGCAUCAUCAGCCAGAAGUGCAACAUGUAUGUGCAAAAGCUUAAAAGGCUUAACAUCAUGCUACACUUUCUGCUAAAAAACGUAUUGCUGUGAGUGGUCUGUAAUUAAGCCCAACAAGAUAUCUCGGGAGUCCAUACACAUAUCAGUGAGCAGACGUAGUUCGCUUAUUUAUAGCAUGUUUCUUUUUGAAAAAUUAGUGGUGGACACAUUUGGAUCACAUUUAUACAGUUAUAAAAAUAUUUGAUUUCGGUCAUUCUUAAAAUUUUUUGGCUCUGAAUGACUUAAGCUGAAAUAAUUAGCUCCUUUAAAAAGCAUUGUACUAUCAUUUAACUGGAUAGAACUCUUGGGGCCUGUUAGAAACUGCUAGGUGCUGAGGCGGCGAAGAGGUCUUUAGCAGAAUGUAAACAUACACUUACUUGUAAUUAUCUUAUUCAGCCAUUAAGAAAUACAGGACUUUCCUAUGUCUUAUCUCUAGUCCCUCAGAUUGGCAUCUGGUAAUGUACAUUCUUACCUGCCAGGGUGGACAGUGGGACGCCUUUAUCUUACUGAGAGAGAGAAAGGACCCAAGUGUCCUACAAAGAAUUUUAAGAGCAGGUUUUAAAACUUGAAAUUUUUUUUUCCUUUGGGUUUGCAUACACUUGCCCCAAAUUGUAGUCUUUGAAGUCGUGUGCAUUGCAAGUUGGAUGAGCCAGGGGAAUUACUACAUUAAUAAAUAAGUGUUUUAUGUGUA